AGGCACAAGAGGGACAGACAAGACGGAAAGCGCAUGCGUGGCAAAAACCAACCCCUUUGGCGUGAAAGCUGCGCAUGCGCUCUUCUUUUCCUCCGUGGAGCACGCAUGCGCGCCUCUCGAGGAGGGAAGAUUCAAACGUGCGGCGCAGGUGCGCGCGGCCUGAGGAGAGAAUGUGGCGGGUAGUCGUGGCCGUCGGGCUGGGCGCGGCGCUCGAGGCGCUGCUGGGCUGGCUGCUGAGGCGUCGGCGGCCGGCGGCCAGCGAGGUCAUCUUCUUCCCUUCGAGGGUGACGUGCACGGAGGAGCUGCUGGCCGGGGCGCCCUGCGCGUGCCCGCUGCCGCACGGCGAGAGCGCGCUGGGCCGCCUGCUGGUGCGCGUGCUGGCGGCGCGGCGCUCGCUCGAUCUCUGCCUCUUCGCCUUCUCCAGCCCGCAGCUCGGCCGCGCCGUCACCCUCCUGCACGGCCGCGGCGUCCGCGUCCGCCUCGUCGUCGAUGCCGAUUACAUGGCGCUGCGCGGCUCGCAGAUCGGCCCGCUGAGGAGAGCCGGGAUUCAGGUACGUCACGAUCAGGACAGUGGCUACAUGCACCAUAAGUUUGCCAUAGUGGACAAGAAGGUGCUGAUCACGGGCUCUUUGAACUGGACCACCCAAGCAAUCCAGACCAACAGAGAGAAUGUGCUGGUGGUAGAAGACCAGGCUUUGGUGAACAUCUUUCUAGCAGAAUUUGAAAAGAUUUGGGAAAACUACAAUCCUGCUAAUUAUACGUUUUUCUCUAAACAUGAGAAAACCGGGAUUGAAAAUGGAUAAAGUUAAUUCAGGGACAAAAAUAUACAGCGUGGCAAAAAAAGUAGUAGUUUGGGAGCAUUUGGUUCAAAAUUUCUCAUGUUGAGAAUGACAUAAUUAUUUUAAAAGAUAAGCAGCAAGUCGGGAAAUAACACAAGCAGUGUACUUUUUAAGUGUUUAGUAAAUUUACUUUCCAAGAAUUAGAACUUGAAAUAGGCUUUAUUAAGAAGGGAUAUAACGCUGCAUUAUUGCAGAACAGAAUGCAAAGAUGGAAUUGUAUGCUGAUCUUUAUAAGCACAUUUCCUGCAUAUGGGACGGGAAUAUUCUAAGAUGUUGCCUUUAACUUCUGUGCUUAUGUGGAAUCAGAUCUUGCAUCUGAAUUGAAAGAGAGAAAAGGCUCAGGAAGGCCCAAGAACAACUUUUAUUUUCCAAAAGACCAGUAAAGUUGGGAGUGCUGUUUCUGUUUCUGUUUCUUAUUUCUGUUAUGCGUUGCUUGUUUGAUUUGAAUCCUGGAACGUAAGAACUUGGCAGCAGAAUAUGGAGAGAGGCAGAACCGUUGCCCUGCAUGGUGUAUUGCACUAGAAGGCAACAUCCAGCCAUAAGUAUGAUCGCAAUUUAAAUAUUUCAGCUUAAAUAUUUCUCUAUGUCAGAGGACAUUAGGACUGGUGGAUUUAACUCUGUUACUUAAAAUUGUAUUACUGAUGAGAAAGAUUGCAAGAGAAUUCUUGGGAGAAAUAGAAGUAACUAUUAAUGCAUGAACACCUUGAAUAUGUUAUCAGGUCUUGUUUGUUUAGUUUUUUUUUUCAAUGAUUAAAGCUGUGGUUCCAGAGAGCAAGUGUGAAUGGAAUUAUUAUAAUAUUUUGGGACUCUAACACUUGAGUUAUGAAAUAGUUACCUCUAUCUCUAAGAGGGUCUGGAGUCGGGCAGUUUAAUCAAUAUUUUUAUUUUUGCUGUUUCCAUUUCUUUCUCUCAAUUUUUUUUUUGGCCAUGCUUGGAACAGUUCAGCAACAUAUACUCUGUUCCACUUAUCAGCAAUUGUUAGAUUUGUGGGGAAGCCAGCAUCAGGACCCAUGACUUGUAAUAAAAUCACACCUAAGGAGUAAUUCUGAAGGCCGCGUCAUCUCCAUCUACCAAAAAACCUUCAUUACAGCAUACCAAGGGUGGUGCAAAAAUAGUUUAUUACGAUAUAAUUUUAUGUAUAGUUAAGUAAUUAUAUUUACAAAAUCAUCAGCUACAUCCAUGGGAACCCUAGCAUGU